AUGCAUUACUUAACAAUUCCGCUGUUGCUGCUCUUUGCAAUAACCAUUAAAGCCAAUUCCAACUGCAGCCAAGUUUCAGGAAGAUUGCUAUACGAUGAAAUUAAAUGCAAACCGAAUCUAGAUAAAAAUGGUUGUCCCGAAUCCUACAAUUGCUCUGAUUAUCAUUUACCUAAGGACGGUUGUUUGUUUGAAGGACAUGUUUACAAAGAUAGACAAAUUUUGAAUGGAACGAGUCCUUGCAGACAAUGCACUUGUAAUAUCAAAAACAAUACAUCAUCCUUUAGCUGUUUUAAACCAUGUUUUCGAGAAGCCCAAGGCCCAAAACUUCCAAAUGGUUGUUAUGUAGGACACAAUUUAAAUAGCUGUUGUCGAAAAGUUGAUAUUCGUUGCCCCACUGCAUCUACUCCGGUCUGCGUAUCUGAUGAUCGAACUUAUUACCCAGGACAGUAUUUUCAACCCUGCAGGACUUGCAUGGAUUGCGUUUGCCAGAAAGGAUUUCAAGGAGAAUUGGUGGAGCCUUUCUGCAGGAAAAUGAGAUGCGACGUGGAAAUCCUACAUUCUAAACAAAUCGUAGACAACUGCGCCCCGCUUUAUUGUAGGCAUUCGCCGCUUUGCUGUCCCAAGGAUUUUAUUUGUCCAUCUUCGUGCAGAGUGGAGAAUAUUAUACGUUCGAACAAAACAUCUAACGAGGAAAAGUGUAAAUUUGGAACUCAAUCGUUCAGUGUGGGCGACACGUUGGAUUUGCUUGAUCUAAAUGCAAAUUCAUCUCGGCUGAUUGCAUAUUGUGCUUGCACCUUGCCUCCAUUAUUGACAUGUUUCAAUUAA